GAUAGAGAUUCACGCAAAUAGACGUCAAUGCCGCCAUGAAUUCUCCUGGGGCAUUAACAAAUAGACUCGUAAAUCAUGGUCAAACCAGAUCCCACGAGCGCCAGAAUAUCAUACAGGAUAUAAGUCACAUCAAGGCUGAAGCAGGCUCCCGACUCUUCGUCGGAACGAACAUAACAUAUGAAGCAGCAGUGCCGAAAAGAGAUGAGAUCUUGAAUUGGCUCGAUCCAGAAGAUUUAAGAAUCUCCCAAUACAAAGAGCAUACUAUUCAUCGUGAAGAACGAGCAGAAGACACAGGGGAAGAUUUUCUCAAUGGUGAUUUCAAAGAAUGGGCAUCCUCGAACAAGAAAUUUCUAUGGUUGAGAGGAGAAGUCGGAUCCGGAAAAACCAUGAUAUGCUCGCAUCUCAUUGAAAAUAUUCCAAACAUCUUGCGGAUUAUCUCUCCGAAAGCCACUUCAAAUAAUACUCACUUGGUCGCAUUUUACUACUGCUCAUUCAGUGACAAUUCCACCUUCGAUGUUGGCAAUUUUCAAAGGUCAAUCAUCGCACAGCUUUACGAAAAGCAUGGCCUUCUGCCUGAAGUGAAAGAGCUAUAUGAGAGUUGUAAGCCGUAUCCUCCUUUGACAGUCCAACUAACAACAUUACUUUUGUCAAUUGUUAGCUCACUCGAAGUUUUCCCCGCCAUGUUGACUAACUCAGAAACACCUGAAGCCUGUCAGAGUAUUACUUUGGUUGUUGAUGGAUUGAAUGAGGUACCCCCUGGAAAGCCACGAGAUGGUUAUCUUCAGGUGAUUGAGAAGUUGUCCUCGAUUCAAGAUCCGAACUUCAGAAUCGUCAUCGUGAGCCGCGAGGAGGGUGAUUUGAAAUCGUCCUUCCCUAAAGAUUACGGAUGGAGAUGGCUCAUACGAGAUACUGCACACAUAACCCUUGACAUUGAACAAUUUGUUCAGGCACGAAUCUCCAAUCAUAGGAGGCUUAACUCUCAAUCUACCAAGAUCAAGACUCUGAUUUCUCGAAGACUUAGUCAAGGCUCCGACGGAAUGUUCCGACUUGCGGCACUUCAAAUGAAGGAACUUGAGUAUCUUACUAGGAACUUGAGAGUGAUUCAAAAGGCAGACCUUGAAAAUAUCUUCAUUUCAUUACCUAGAGACCUAGAUAUCUUUUAUGAUUUGAUCAUAAGUCGUAUACCAAAGAUCUUGGUAUCAGAACUUGAGACAGUAUUGAAAUGGCUCAUUUUUGCAGCUCGGCCAUUAUUUGUGGAGGAGAUCGUGGAAGUUUGCACCAUUCGACUAUUCAAAAAUGAACUACUUUGUAUCGGAAGUCGUCGUCAUGCUCUCGAUAUUGUGGAAAGCCUUCCUGGACUGGUAAAAUUAGAACCACCACUAGUAGAUGAUGUGGAAAUGGUGCCCCAAGGAGUUCAUAUACUUAAGAUUGCUCACUUCUCAGUCCAAGAAUAUUUGUGUCCAAUUCACGACUUCAGUCGUCCGCCUGGAUUAUUUCGAUUUACAGAUAUACGUAAGGAGCACCAAACAAUAGCACAAGCCUGCCUUUACUACCUCCUCCAUUGCUUCAAAAAUAAGGAUGGGCGAAGUGCUGCUUUUAAUUUACGAGAGUAUUGCUGGUAUUCUUGGUCCAUGCAUAUCAUGGCGACCACGGAUUCUUAUAAUUUAAAAGCGCGGACUACGCCGGAUUCUUUGCGUUUGCACAAUAGCAUUGCGAACCCCAUUCUUUACAGGCGACGCCCAGUGGUUGUAUCUAUGGAGGCUGCCCGCUUAAGAAGCUGUGCUCAUAAAUUCACUCCAAACAUGUACACGGAACUUCUAGUUGCGCUUCAGGAUUUAGAUUUCCCGUUCGACGACUCUGGUGUAUCCGAGAGAAGUAUAAAUUCCCAGCAAACGCCUUACAAACCGAUUCUAGGGCCCUAUCCGUAUGCCACUAGGCUUGUGAUUUUGUAUCCAUCCAACGACCUUGACUCCCCGCUCAGGUGUGGCAUAUGUACGGAUUCGCUGGACAACAAUCCAGAUUAUGUUGCUUUAUCAUAUGCAUGGGGUAACGAUAACCCUGGGGAAGUGUGGAGGGUGUACGGCAACGGAUUUUCUAAACAUCUGAGGCCAAAUUUGCACUCUGCUUUAGUACAUUUAAGAGACAAAACUGAGUCUCGCGUGCUUUGGGUAGAUGCAAUAUGUAUUGAUAUGCUGAACUUUGAAGAGCGUAGCUUCCAGAUAACACUAAUGGCAAGAGUCUACAGCCAGGCCCAGGAAGUUAUAAUGUGGCUUAGUGAGUCGAGAGAUAACUCAGAGACAGUAACUAGCAAAGCUAAAGCUAUGAGCAUUCUAAACAUGGAGACCUCACUCGAUGGGAACCUGACUCCUUACUGGGAGACUUGGGACUCCGUGGAUGCCUUAUUCAGACGAAGUCUAUAGUGAUGCCAUACAGCAAAGCACACUGCAAGACCCACAGGAUGUAUCACAAGCAUACAAUGCUAGGGGCAAGUAUAUCCUGCACAAUCACCCAUUUAAGUUCUCUAGCGACCUCAAGACUUUGAAAGUAUGGGGUGUUGUCAUUGACUCCGUUAUUGAUUGUGACCGAGAACUGCGGCCUUCUCAAAAUAUAUGUUGGAAAAGCCAGAGGGAAAAAACUGUAGAAUUUAAUUGUCGACGAUACACCAAGUGUCUUGGCCCGCAGAGUGUUAGAAGGGGUGACUUAGUGGUCGUGUUAUUUGGUAGCAUUGUGCCAUUUUUGCUUCGGGAAAUCCAAGUUGAUUAUGCACAGGCUGAACCUGGGCCACCGGAAAAAAGUUACAAGCUCGUCGGGGAUUGUUACGCUGAAGGUAUCAUGGAGGGUGAGAUAUUGGAAGCAUAUAAAGCUGGGGAUAACGAGGGGCAGGAAUUCUGGCUUGAGUAGACCAAAUAUGGAUGCA